AUGGUAGCCGGCAGUUCCAGAUUCCUACCCAGCCCACAAGUUCAAAGACCAAAUCAGAUGUCAUGGCACCCCCAGUACCGGAGCUCCAAGUUCCGCCACGUCUUUGGCAAACCAGCCAGCAAGGAGAACUGCUACGACUCGGUGCCCAUCACCCGCAGCGUUCACGACAACCACUUCUGUGCUGUGAACCCCCACUUCAUCGCAGUUGUCACUGAGUGUGCUGGCGGGGGGGCCUUCCUCGUCAUCCCCCUACACCAGACAGGAAAGUUGGACCCCCACUACCCGAAGGUCUGUGGGCACCGCGGGAACGUCUUAGACAUCAAGUGGAACCCUUUUGAUGACUUUGAGAUCGCCUCCUGUUCAGAAGACACCACGGUGAUGGUCUGGAACCUGGAUACAAAGGAGUCUGUCAUCGUAAACCCCGUGAGGACAAUUACCUGUCACCAAGAUGUGAUCCUCUCCAUGUCCUUCAACACCAACGGCAGCCUGCUGGCUACUGCCUGUAAAGACCGCAAGAUUCGGAUUCUUGACCCCCGUCUAGGAACUAUCCUCCAGGAAGCCAGCUACAAGGGGCACCGGGCCAACAAGGUGCUGUUCCUGGGGAACAUGAAGAAGCUGCUGUCCACGGGCACAUCUCGGUGGAACAACCGGCAGAUGGCCCUGUGGGACCAGGACAACCUCUCUGUGCCUCUCACAGAGGAGGACCUGGACGGCUCCUCAGGUGUGCUGUUUCCCUUCUACGACGUGGACACCAACAUGCUCUACAUAGUGGGGAAGGGAGACGGCAACAUCCGCUACUAUGAGGUGAGCGCCGAGAAGCCCCACCUGAGCUACCUGACCGAGUACCGCUCCUACAACCCACAGAAGGGCAUUGGUACCAUGCCAAAGAGAGGUCUCGAAGUGUCCUCCUGCGAGAUCUUCCGCUUCUACAAGCUGAUCACAACCAAAAGCCUCAUCGAGCCCAUAUCCAUGAUUGUACCCCGGCGGUCGGAAUCCUACCAGGAGGACAUCUACCCGCCCACRGCAGGGGCCCAGCCCUCCCUGACUGCCCGGGAGUGGCUCAGCGGGAUGAACAGAGAGCCAAUCCUGGUGUCCCUGAGGCCCGGCUCCCAGCCACURAGCCCCCGGCCACUGCCUCCAGAGAAGCCCCUCUCCACCCCCACGGCCCGGACCUCACCCCAGCUCUUGGACCACACUGCAAAGCUGUCUGCAGAGGACGGCCAGAGGCCCCUCUCCCAGCCAGAGGGGAAGGCGCCAAGGUGGGCUGCGGAACACAGGCCCGAGGAGAAGAAGUCCUGGCUCACAAAUGGCUUUGAUAUUUUCGAAUGUCCCCCACCAAAGACAGAGAAUGAGCUGCUGCAGAUGUUCUAUCGGCAACAGGAGGAGAUCCGAAGGCUCCGCGAGCUGGUGACCCAGCGGGAAGUGCAAGCCAAGCAGUUGGAACUAGAGAUCAAAAACUUGCGCAUGAGCUCAGCGUAG